AUGCCGGCUGUCCGCUCCUUUUUCACUCUAUCCGUUUUGGCCGCUUGCCUGGCGCAAGCUUCGGCUGGUUCCGACAUGGGCUCUAGUUGGGGCAAUGGAGGUAGCGGCGGGAUGAACCAAGGAGGCCAGUACGGCAGCGGUGGCUAUAGCAGCGGCCAGGGUGACUCUUGGGGGGGCAACAGCUACAACAGCCAGUAUACCUCGUCCUGGGAAGCUGCACCGACCACUGCCGUCCAAGCCCAGAGCUGCCCUUCUGCGAGCUGCCCGCCUCCCAUGACCGAGACUAUGACCGAAACAACCACCGUGACGGCCGUGUCCCCUUGUACCGGAAGCACCGUGACCGCCUAUGUGACUCAGUGGAUGAAUGCUCCUCCCGGGUGCUGGUGUGGUUCUGGUAGUCCGCCUCCCAUGGCCUCCGGCUUCGAAUGGGGAGGUAUGGGCGAUGCUGCCAUCUUCACAUCCACCAAUCCCUCCUUUACCCCUGGCCUUUCAUCGAUCCCAGCAUCUGAAGCUGUCGAGACCGGUGUGACGGUGGCUGGUGCUCCACCCGCUGCGGCACCUACCGCUACUGUCUCUCCGGGUGGCUUCUUUGGAGAGUCAUCGAGUAGGUUUCCCAAUGCCCUUACCAUUGCGACCACGCCGCUGACAUUUCUUCCAGGCUCUGCGAUGACCACAUCUGGUACGAUACCUUCUGGCCCUAGUAGCAGCGUCUCAUCUAACAUGGCUAAGCCUACUAAAACAGGGGAGGCUACUGAGACAGAAGCUUCGAGCUCGGCUACCGGUACCAGCUCAUCAGCAGCAGCAUCUUCCUCAACCUCGACAACUUCCACUACGACCUCCAAAUCCUUGUCUUCGUCUUCAUCAUCAACGACAACAACGACAACCUUAUCCUCAACUGAAUCCGCCGCAUCUGCGGUGGCCGCCUCGGCGACAAGCGGCGGGUUUCCGGUCGGCUCAUUCGAUACUAUCGAUCCCGCAACCCUUACGCUCAAGAACGCUUAUACGCUAGGCAUUGGAAGAAGAGCACCUGUACCGACUAUGUUAUCAUAG